AUGAGGAGGGAGCUGGCCUCCUCCUUCGCUACUGCCGCCGCCACGGCGGGUGCUUCCUCCUCGGCUGCCGACGCGCUCCGGGGCUGGUGGGACGACGUCAACGAGUCGCCCCAGUGGCAGGACGCGGCCUUCUUCUCCCUCGCCGCCGCCUACGCCCUCGUCUCCGCCGUCGCACUGAUUCAGCUCAUCAGGAUCCAGCGCCGGGUGCCCGAGUUCGGAUGGACCACGCAGAAGGUCUUCCACCUCAUGAACUUCCUUGUCAAUGGGGUCCGUGCUCUGGUAUUCGGCUUCCAUGUCCAUGUCUUCCUCCUCCGCACAAAAGUAUACAAGUUGGUGUUGCUAGAUCUCCCCGGGUUGUUGUUUUUCUCCACCUACACCUUGCUUGUGCUCUUCUGGGCAGAAAUAUACCAUCAGGCUAGGAGUCUCCCGACUGACAAGCUAAGGCCUGCAUACAUUGCCGUUAACACCAUCAUAUAUGUUGUUCAGUUUUGCAUAUGGAUAUACCUCGGAAUAAAUGAUAAUGCUGUGGUUGAGCUGGCCAGCAAAAUAUUCAUUGUAGCUGUCUCCUUCAUCGCGCUUCUUGGCUUUUCAGUAUAUGGUGGAAGGUUAUUUGUCUUGCUGAGACGUUUCCCUAUUGAAUCUAAGGGGCGGCAAAAGAAGCUUUAUGAGGUUGGGACUGUGACAGCAAUUUGUGUUACCUGCUUCCUGAUAAGAUGUGUUGUGGUGGCUACUAGCAAUACAGAUAUUAUUAGCAGCGAGAUGGAGUCGUCGGUCCAAGCAAGCUUGAAGGACAGCGUCAGGCGUAUGCUGCUGGUACUCCAGGAGAAGAAGCACGACGACGACAGAAGCAGUCAGCUGCUGAGGACCAUCCAUCAGCUGCAGAGCCUUGGAAUAGCCUACCAUUUCCACCAAGAGACAGAAGACAUCCUCAUGUCCAUGCACCAGCACCAUGGACAUGGACUUCGAACCCACCGUGACCUUGACCUGCAUUCAGCUGCGCUUCUUUUCAGAAUGCUCCGAGAACUGGACAUUCCUGCAUCCACAGAGUAUGCAUGGGUGGUGGACCCGGCACAGAUAGAUAUUUAUACGUGGCAGGCAGCAUGGCACAGUUGGCCAGGGAGCCACGUGUGUGACAAGGUGGCUACUAGCAAUACAGAUAUUAUUAGCAGCGAGAUGGAGUCGUCGGUCCAAGCAAGCUUGAAGGACAGCGUCAGGCGUAUGCUGCUGGUACUCCAGGAGAAGGAGCACGACGACGACAGAAGCAGUCUGCUGCUGAGGACCAUCCAUCAGCUGCAGAGCCUUGGAAUAGCCUACCAUUUCCACCAAGAGACAAAAGACAUCCUCAUGUCCAUGCACCAGCACCAUGGACAUGGACUUGGAACCCACCGUGACCUUGACCUGCAUUCAGCUGCGCUUCUUUUCAGAAUGCUCCGAGAACUGGGCAUUCCUGCAUCCACAGACAUGCUGAUGAGUGCGUUGAGAGAGGAAGGCGACAAGAUAACUGACAGCGACGCACUGCUCGCUGUGUACCAAGCUUCAUAUCUCGCCUUCCCGGGAGACACGGUCCUGGACCAAGCAAGAGCGUUCGCCGUCGGCAAGCUAGCAGGACGUGACGAUGACUCUGACUGCACCCACCUGUUGUUGCCGUUGCCGUUGCCGUUACAAUGGACAGCUCCGAGGCUACAGGCCAUGUGGUCGCUCAAGGACGACGACCAUAACAAGAGUGUCGCCGUCGAUCCGGCCAUCCUGCAGCUGGCCCAGUUGGACUUCAACCUGGUGCAGGCUCUCCACCGGCGAGAGCUCGCGGAGGUGACGCGGUGGUGGAAGGAGAGCCUCCUGGGCGAGUACUCCUUCGCGAGGGACCGCGUCGUGGAGUGCUUCUUCUGCGCCGCCUGCAUCGCGCCGGAGCCGCACCUGGCGGAGUGCAGGGAGGUGCUGGCCAAGACCGGCGCCCUCAUCGUCCACCUCGACGACAUCUACGACGUGCACGGCACCAUGGACGAGCUCCAGGCCUUCACCGAUGCCAUCGCCAGCUGGGAGCACCGCGACGACGACGACAGUGCCGUCGUCAUGGGUAUGGCGCUGCCGGAGUACAUGAAGGCCAUGUACUCGGCCAUCUGGACAACUUCGGCCGCCGCAGCAGAUCGCGUGCUCGAGAAACAUGGAUACGACAUGCUUCCACUCUACAAGAAGGCGUGGCACGAGCUGUGCAAGGCGUUCCUGGUGGAGGCGCAGUGGCAGCAGCAGGGCCACAUGCCCAGCUUCGCCGAGUACGUCAGCAACGGGUGGAUCACGUCGACGGGGCCUCUCCUGCUGCUCCAUGCUCUUCCCGCUGCCGCAGCUGUUCCGCCCAUCACGCAGGCCAAUGGCGAUGCCAAUAAUGGCGCCGCCGCCGGCAUCGACUACCCGAGGCUGGUGGAGCUGUCCUCGACCAUCUUCCGCCUCUGCAACGACUGCGCGUCGCACGAGGCGGAGUCAGAGCGGGGAGACGCGCCGUCGUCCAUCGACUGCUGCAUGGCCGAGCCCUGGUGCGCCGGCGGCGAGGAGCAAGCCCGCGCCGCCGUCCAGGGCGUCAUCGCUGAGACCUGGAAGGCGCUCAACUGGGAGGUCGUCGUCGUCGCCGCCUCCGGGUCCGGUGGUAACGACCCCUCCUGCUGCUCAUCAUCUGCGACAGAAACGACGGAAAGCAUGACGACCAUGGCCAACCUGUGCCUCAACCUCGCCCGGAUCGUCCACUGCAUCUACCAGGACGGGGACGGCAUCACCUCGCCGACUCAUCGCAUGAAGCAAAUGGUCAAGGACCUGCUCUUCAACCCUAUCCAUCAUGUCCUCUAG